AUGGCGGACUCGACGUCUCCGAUCCGAGCAGAAAUGGUGGAAGCGGCGCGGAAAUUCAUGCUGACUCCGAAAGUGAAAGAGACGCCUUUCGAGGAGCAGCGGCAGUUUCUGAUCGGAAAAGGAGUGACGGACGCGGAAAUCGCCGAGGCGAGGGCCUCCAUUCCGCCCGAACAGCUCAGAACUCAAAUUGGGAUCAACGGGAAUGGAGGACAGAUGUACAUGGGUCAUCCGCCCACGCAACAGAAUAAGUACGGUUUGGAGACGAUUUUUGAAUUCGUUUUCGAAAAAUUCACUUACAAUAUGGGCGUGGCGCUUUAUGGCUCGCUUUUGCGCUUGAGAAAUUAGUCUUGGCCUGUACAAUUAUGACUAGUUUGACUAGUUUGACUAGGUGACUAGCUAUGGAAAAAUGUGGAACUCGAAACAGAAAUAAUUUUUAAUUGCUUUUCCAUCUGCAGAAUCGUCUCCCUGGCCCAAUCGGCCGUGGUGCUCGGAUCGAUUUCCUAUGCCGGAUAUCGAUUUGUCCGCUCGUACGUUCUGCCACGAUUCUUCGAUAUUCCCGAUCCGGCGACCGAGGAAAUUCGACAAUUACAGGUCAGAUUUACGGGUCUUCGUUAUUAUUUUUCAUAUAAGAAAGUAGCAGGAUUCCUGUAAAAAUUUGUUUAAAAAGUGCAAAUGUUUUAUGUCGCCAAAAAACGAGAGUUAUAUAAGUGGAUUUCUAUUGGAGAAUGAUAGGAAAUUACAUUUUUUUUUUUUCAUUUCAAAGACAAGAUACAUGUUUGCAGUCGCAAGUGAACGAUCUCCAGAAUUCGAUCAAGUUUAUAAUGGACAGUGUCUCGCAAACGACUCAACAACUGGCGACGCAACAAGCCGAAAUAUCGAGAGCCCUUUAUUCGGUGGCCAAUCGAGACGCCGAUUUGAACAGGGUCGAGGUACGCUUUCGCCUUUUUUUAAAUAGAAAUUUUGGAAUAUAAUUCGCUGACAACUGACAAAAGCUGGGCAUUGGGCCGGUGUGGACUUUUGACCCACUUGCAAUGAUCAAAUCGGGACCAAACUUUGCAGGCUUUUUGGACAUGGAUGGAAGUAUAUUGGGACCACGUUUCAGACCGACCCGAUUAUUCACGGCCGAGUGCUUGAGGGCCGAUUUUUUCUAAUGAUGAUCCGUUCGGUCUGAAACUUGGGCCCAACAUUUUUCAAUUUUUUAGUCCGAGUGAGAGCACUAGAAUUUCGAGCCAAAACUGCAUAUAUAUAUAUAUAUAUAAUUUUUCUGAAAGUGGAAAAAAGACGUAUCAGAAAUUGCAUUUGGAAAAUGUGAAUUGUUCAUUCUCCAGAGCGGAAUCUCGACAAUAAAAAGUCUUCUGCUGAGCCAACACAAUUUCGCGCCGAUCGUCGCUCCGAGCGUGACUUCGUCGAUUCCCUCAUGGCAACAGGUACUGCAAAACAAAAAAGAUGAAUGAAUGAAAUGUGCCAUUGUUUACAGAGCGCAAUUCCGACGACUGCCACGUCGAUGACGACGACGACGACGACGUCAGAAGCGGCUUCCGGAUACGCGACGCCGCCGGCGAACUUCCGCGAAGCCUCUUUGGCCGACGAACUGGCCGGAAUCGAUGACAUCGAGGAGGCCAUCUGA